CCGAAAAUCAACUUCAACAUAUUUAAAUUUCAAAAUUUUACUCAUAAGUAUAAACGAAAAUACAUGAGACAUUUGAAUUACGAGUCAAAUAUAUAGCUGCACCUAUGUGGACUUACUAUUCAUCGCAAAACUCGUCAACAAUGCAGGCUACGCUGGCCUCAUUUCACACCUAAAUAUCAGAAUCCUCGAUGCAAAGUCGGUCGGUACUACUAAUUAAUAACCCAGUAAUUUCUCUCCGGAAGUCACUGACCAACCAAUUAAGCAAAAGCCUGAAAAUUCAUUCGUCCUCCAUUUAGAACAACGCGUCUAAGACUUGGCUCUACGUGCUUCCUGCAAGUAGCAGGAGCGCCUAUAUAUUUAUUAUAUCGGAUUUGCUAGUUUUCAUGCUUUCGUCUGCGGCAGGAAUACUGGAAUAGCUAGGUUAGCCGAUUCCCUUCCGGCGUAAAAAAUUAAUGGUGAGGGCGUUAGCUGUUGCUGGGGGCAAUGGCGACCUCGCCGUGCCCACCACCGCUGCUCCUGCCGGCGCCUAUUGGGUCCUCAUCGCCUUCGGCUGUGCCGCGGCGUUAGCCGUCGUGGCGAUCGCCGUCUUCAACUGUGCCGAUGGGCCUAAAGACAGCCCUGCAAGAAAGAAGAAGAAAGAAGAUAAGCACCGGCGCCGGGAAGAUGGUGAUGGCGGUGGCGAUGGUGGUGGCCGUGGCGGCGGGGAUGGUGGUGGCGACGUGCCGGAUGUGGGCGGCGGCGACCAGCCUAGCUCCGAUGCACACGGCGGCCACCACCACCAUGACCACGGACAUGGCGGAGACAGCGGCGGCGGCCACCACCAUCACCACGGACAUGGCGGAGACCACGGUGGAGGCUGGCACCACCAUGGUGGUGGAGACCAUGGCGGCGGCGGCGGGCACCACUUCUCCGGUGACCAUGGAGCAAGCAGCGGUUUCAGCGGUGGCGGCUGCGGCGGUGGCGGUGGCGGCGGCGGCGGGUUCUGACCGCGGUCAUGCACUUGGAACUAGUUGAAACAUGGGGGCGUGAAACAUGCCAACAGCUCUUGUUAAUUAACACAGCCACUGUACAUAAUGAUUGUUAAUAAUUUCUUGCCAAUAUGUACGCGCGCGAUUUUAUUAUUUAUGAGAUUGUGUUACAAAUCAUAAAUUCCAUCAUCACCAGUGGGUGGCGGUGCGUUUCGUCGCCGUAACGACACGGCU